AACUUAUUUCAGAACAAUCAUUUCCUUUUCUUUAAUUUCCCCCCCUUGGAUGCCACAGAGUCCCAGAAUGUUCCAAAAACCAGACAGAUCCUCUAAAAUGUAGCUCCCUUUCGUACCUUUUGAUCAUUGUAAUAAUUCUCUCUUCACCCUCCAUUAGGUGAGAUGUCGGCUUACAAAAACGUUGUUUCCGGGAAGCUAAGAUUAAAGGGCAAAGCUCUAGAUGUGAAAUCUAGCAGGAUAAAAAAGAAAAAGAAACACAAGCAUCAGUAUGAUGUAGUGACUCAAGUGACAGGUGGAAACAACAUGUUGACAACAAACCAACUUGAGGAUGAUACAGACGAUGGCCAUCUUGACACUCAGAGGAAAGAGCAAAGAACCAAGAACAACGAUCAUCUAACACCAGCAGAGAGAAGGUACCUCGAGCGGUGGGAGAAACUUAACAUCAAACGAUUGGCAAAAGAAACCUCGAAAUCCCACCGCGAUAGAAUUCAAGAAUUUAAUCGAAACCUAGCUAAUCUUACCGAGCAUUAUGACAUUCCUAAGGUUGGUCCUGGUUAAGAGAAACCAAUCUUUGGGAACUCCAUGUUUUUCCUCUCAUUUUGUGCAUGCUAUGGAUUGAAUCUUGAAUUCAAGUCAACGUGCACUGUAGCUGAAAACCGUUGCUUGUUCUUGGCCUUGAUGCCUCGUUAAUUUCGAUAUCCCUUGGUUCUUUGAGAAGUCAUAUUCCAAAAAUGUGGCUGCAUUCGUGUCGGAUCCUUCAAAAUUGCACUACUUUUGAAGGAUCCAGCACAUGUCCAAUAACAUUUUUGAAGAGUUCGAGCAACAUUGGUUUUCUUGGGAUUUAAACUAGUUGUGCCAAUAUUUCUGCUAAUACACUUGAUGAUUCCACAUAAUGAGCCAAUAACAGUUCUUAAAGAUGAUUUAGAGGGUGUUUGACCAUGUAUCUUUUUUAAUUUUUUCUGGACUUGAACUCAGAACAACUCAUGAAAAUUCAAUAACAACUCUAAUUUGCAUUGAUGUCUUAA